AUGGAAAGCUGGGGCGACAGCAAGUUCUGCAUCCGCAUCCAAUCGCCCAAUUUCGACCGUAUCAUCCUCAUCAACAAGCUGGUCCUCACCAUGCGACCAGCCGCCUGGGACGAAAACCAUGACGUCUGGAUUAUGCCCACAGCUCAGGCCGCGGAUACAUACUCGGAAGUCUUGGAACUACUCAACUCGCCUCCUUCUCAUGUGAUCAACCUGGCCACAAACCAGGAGUCCGUGCAGUCAGCUGAGCCAAAGGGCGUGGAUCGCUGGAGAAUGGUCGCCAAAUUGCUCACAAUGCCCACGCCUUGGGUGGGGUACAGGUUGCCUUUCGGCGAGCAUUCGUAUCAGCAGGAUCGAGAAGUCGGGCACUUGUACAAGGGGAUUUUCAAUCGUGAGAACAAGGCUCUGAGCAACGGCCGGAGAAUGGAUUCGAGGGUCUUCGUUGAUGACUGUGUUUUGACGGUUUGGUAUCGGUUUCGAGACAACCAAAAGGUCAGGGACUUUGUUCGAGCUGCCUCGGGACAAGGCUGGGGAUACUCAUAA